CUGAAUUCUCGUUCAACUGCUACGGUUGAUACCGGAACGGAUAACACUUGUCUUGCUAGCAUGCCGAGACAUGGGAACAUGUGUUCGUUCCGCUUCCACCAUCCGAGCACGUCAAAAUCCACUUCGUCCUCAUCGACCGACCCAUUCCUUCUUCCCUUUCUUAUUCGCACGAACAGAGACCAUCACUUUCUUGCAUCGCUGACCGCCUUCAAUCUCCUCGCGACUCGACCUCUAUCAUCAUUCAUCAGGGAGUUCUUCUUCAUCCGCCAUCUAAUUAGAGUUUCUGGAUGUAGUGAUUUCUUGAGCAGACCUUUUGAGUUUUGUCCUAGAGGCUUGGACGCACGGCUCUUCAUAGUAGUACUUCGUUAGCAAAUUACAAGAAAGAGUAGACCUCAUUUAGAGGUGUAAGGACUAAGAAGUGUGUUCUUGGAGGGAAGACUUUUCUGGGAGGCUGACAUUUAGAUGGGUAGUUCAAAAAUGGAGGGGUCAUCCAUUCCUGCUUUGAGGAGAGACCCAUACGAGGUAUUGUGUGUUUCAAAGGAUUCAUCUGAUCAGGAAAUAAAGACUGCUUAUAGGAAACUUGCCCUCAAGUAUCAUCCUGACAAGAAUGCUAGCAACCCCGAAGCUUCAGAGCAUUUCAAGGAGGUUGCAUAUUCUUAUAACAUUUUAUCUGAUCCUGAGAAAAGGAGGCAAUAUGAUAUGGCUGGAUUUGAGGCUCUUGAUGCUGAUGGGAUGGAUAUGGAAGUCGAUCUAUCCAACCUUGGUACUGUUAAUACAAUGUUUGCAGCACUGUUUAGCAAAUUAGGUGUUCCUAUCAAGACUACUAUUUCAGCUAAUGUUCUAGAAGAAGCUCUUAAUGGUACGGUGACAAUUAGGCCUUUGCCGAUUGGAACAUCAUGCAGUGCAAAGGUAGAAAAGCAAAAUGCCCAUUUUUUUGGUGUAACAAUAAGUGAAGAACAAGCUGCAGCAGGGAUUGUGGUUAGAGCAACCUCAGCUGCCCAAAGCAAAUUUAAGCUGCUUUAUUUUGAACAAGAUGCAAAUGGAGGUUAUGGGCUGGCCUUACAGGAAGACAGUGAAAAAACUGGCAAGGUAACAUCAGCCGGAAUGUAUUUCUUGCAUUUUCAAGUUUAUAGGAUGGAUUCAACAGUGAAUGCGUUAGCAAUGGCCAAGGAUCCAGAUGCUGCUUUUUUUAAGAAACUGGAAGGUCUUCAACCUUGUGAAGUCUCAGAACUAAAAGCUGGCACUCACAUAUUUGCCGUUUAUGGAGAUAACUUCUUCAAACCUGCUACAUAUACAAUUGAGGCUCUUUGUGCCAAAACAUAUGAAGAUACAACCAGCAAGCUGAAGGAUAUUGAAUCUCAGAUUUUGGGGAAGAGAAACGAGCUUCGACAAUUUGAGACAGAAUACAGAAAGGCAUUGGCACGGUUUCAAGAAGUGACCAACAGAUACACACAGGAGAAACAAGCUGUGGAUGAAUUGAUGAAACAACGAGACACCAUCCAUUCAUCGUUCACAGUUGCUAGGUCAGUUGUUAGUGUUCCUAGUGGUGGAAGUGGGCAUUUCAGUAAUGGAAGCAGCAGCAGCAAAACUCUUGGGGACGAUCCUAGGGUCGAGUGCCCUGCAGAGGAGGGAACCCCUGAAUCCAAGGACAAAUCUUCCAAGAAAAAAUGGUUCAAUCUUAACCUCAAAGGAUCUGAUAAGAAGGCUACUUGAAAAAAAAACAGCACUGUUUUGCAGUCAUUUGGUGUUCACAGAUUUGGAUCAUUUUGCACAGAUCAAAGCUGGUGUUGAUGCUUUAUCUCUGUAGCACUGCCAGUUUGUAAUAUUUAUUCUUUUCAUUUUUUCCUAUGUACACACACACAAAUGUAUCCUUGGGGAUUGUAGCAUAGUCUCAAAGCUGAUUUUACUUGCAACUUGUUUUGGUAGGAUUUAAAUGAAGUCUUCAAUUGGAUUUCAGUUAUGGUUUCCAAUUAUGUACUCCCUUUAUAUUUGGAAUAUUUGGCAACUUACUAAAAACAUUUGAUUUUU